AUGUCUCUUCCCCAUUCCAAUGCACAAUGUGAAAGAAUUUUUAGUAAGAUGAAUAGAAUUAAAACUAAGUCAAGAAAUAGAUUAAUUACUUCAACUGUUUCCGCAACCUUAAUGACCAGUGAAUGUAUAAAAGAACAUGGUAGAGGUAUUUGCGUCGAUUUUGUGCCAUCCAAAGAAAUGUUUGAUAGAAUGUGUUCAAAUAACUUAUAUCCUAAGACUGAUUUAAUCGAUACAUACGAUUUUAUACUUAAAGAUUAA